UUAUAGUUACUCUAUAUAUAGUACUUCAAGGGUUAUGUUAUAAAAUUAGUAUAUAACAUUUUGGAGUAUGUGACGUGAGGAAACAUAUCAUAGCUUCUACAAGUGGUUUCCUAUUACAUAACGGUUCGCAAUGGCAUCAAGAUCUGAUGCAUUGUCGACUAGGUUUAGGCCACCUACAGAAGACUAUGUACUCGAUAAUCUUCUCGUCGACCUCUCAAAGGCAAUAACAAGAGAGGAACUGGUUGAUCUCAAACAACGAUUUAAACAUGUGCAACAACUUCAAGGUGUAGACUCUCCAAGAAAGUUGUUUGACUGUCUAAAAAAGGGGAGGUUUAUUGGUCAAUACAACAUCUUAUAUAUCCAGCAAAUCGUUCGUGUUCUGGAAAGAGAAGAUCUUGUCGGAAUAUUGAAUAAAUAUGUGGAAGUGUUGGGGGAGGAUAAAGUUCUUCAUUUUAUUGAAAAAUCGAAAGAAACUGUAAACGGCUAUAGUCAGAUCGAGUUUCAUAUCAAAGGUCACGGGAUUUCAGAUCCAACAGAAAUUGAAACAUUUCGGAUAGAAGUAUCUAGGUUACUGCUUUGUCCUCUCCAUGAAGUCAUUAUUAAUUACAUACAAGCAACGUAUAGCACCGUCUUAACAAUCAUGAUUCCAACAAUGUAUGCAACGUUCCUCAUAAAACAAUUGGAAAAACACAGUCAUCGCAUCAUUAGCUCAUUUGUGGCAAUAAACGUGGACACAAUCACCGUCAAUACCAAUAAGUUUGAGCUUCUGAUCGAAGGAAAAAUCUAUAAAGCCAAGAAAGAAAGUCGUGCACAUGGACCAAUUCAACUUGCUGAACAGGACUGUGCACCUAGGCGAAAUGGUAACAAGCAGCAAACAACAAAUGCGCAGGCACUACUUAAAAAUGAAAGAAAGAGGUCUAUUAUUGAAACAAGAAGUCAUGCAAAACAUGCAAAACAAGCAAAACAAUUGUCUCCACCCAGAAAUGUUUUAGUAACUAUUAUACUGUUUACUACCGACAGAACAAAACUAAGCAACAACAAGUACUUUAUAAAAGAUACUUCGUUAUGAUCCUUGUUUCAUAUUUUAAGUCAUUUUAAGACGGAAUAGAUUGGUUGUUCUUAAUCAAGUCUCUAGAGAAACUCCCUCUUAAUCACAUCAUUCAGGUGUUCUCUGUAAAUUUAACAGGAAAACAAACUGAUU